GGUAAAAAAAAUAAUCUAACCUAACCAUAGUUGGUUCAAAAGGGGCUAAAAAAGAGAGAGAGAGAAAAAAAAAAAAAACAGUAACCAAAUUACACACAGUCACACAGUGUGACAGUGGACACACAGCAAACACUGACCACUGUGUUGUUUGUUUUUGCCUGGUGCACUGUGAAAUUGGUAGCAAGCAAGCAGCACUGCUGCAUUUCACACUAAAAAAAAAAAAACACCUACUUCAAGGUGGGGACUGUGUGUGUCUUGUACUUUCCUGUGAGUUGUACACUGCCAUUUCUUCUUCCUCUGUUUUCUCUUUUGUUGUUCUUUUGGUGGGUUUUUUUUUUUUUUAUUCCCUACUAUUAUUAUUAUUUUUUUCUGGGGAAGCUUUUUUCUUUACACUCUCACUUGCCCAGAUCAGUGCUUUUUUUCGCCGGUCUUUUUGGCUCAGAUCCGCUUCAAAGUUCCUCUGCUCUUAAGGAAGAGGAGGAAAAUUUUGCUAGGCUUUUGAUACAUAAGAAUAUAAAAUUUUCUAUGGGCAAAUGCUUACUGUGUUAAAGACUUGAUUUUUAGCCGACCCCUUUGUUGGGGCGGUUUGUUAUUAAUUGAUGGGUAGUUUCAUACUUGAGCUUCCUCAUGUAAUGUGUGGAUGAUCACUCAGUUUUAUUAAGUAGGAAUUGUUUAAAAUGCUUAGUGGUGUGAUUUUUGGGGAAGUAUCUCUAAUGGGUUAUGGGAUGUGGCCCUCUGCCUACUGUCACAUUGAAACCUCCCCUUAGACUCCUUUCAAACAUGGUGCCAAAUAGUCUAGAAAAGGAAUGCUGGCCAAGGAAUGGUCUGCAAUGUGAUAUAUUGGUGAAAGGUUUGUCCUUAAAAGAAGAUAGUACAAUGUGAGAUCCAACUUCAUUACGCUACAAAUAUUUUGCUCUGAAUUUGCUGUAAUUAUAUCUGAAGUAUGUUGCCUGAGAUUUGCUUCAUUCUUAGGUGUUGGUAGACUUUAUGUAAAGGGUACUCAUGGGAGGGAAUUGAAGUUUCUCAAUCCUGGUACUGCUUUAGGAGUACAAAAUCUCUAUGCUUACUACUGUAAUCGGAAACAUGGGCUUACUCUGCAGCAGACACCAAGACCACAAUCAAGCUGAUGCUGAAGAGAAUGCACAGACUGCAGAAAUAGAAAGAAGAAUAGAGCGAGAAACAAAAGCUGAGAAGCAUAUUCAGAAACUUCUUUUACUCGGUACUGGAGAAUCUGGCAAGUCCACAAUUUUUAAGCAGAUAAAACUACUGUUCCAGACUGGAUUUGAUGAUGCUGAGUUGAAGAGCUACAUACCAGUCAUUCAUGCCAAUAUAUAUCAGACAAUAAAAAUAUUGCAUGAUGGGUCCAAGGAGUUGGCUCAAAGUGAAGGAGAAUCGGGAAAGUAUGUUUUAUCUCCUCCAAACAAGGAAACUGGGGAGAAGCUUUCUUCAAUUGGGGGCCGGUUAGAUUAUCCUCAUCUCAAUAAGGAACUGGCUCAGGAGAUUGAAACUCUCUGGAAAGAUGCUGCUAUACAGGAAACAUAUGCACGCGGUAAUGAAUUUCAAGUUCCAGAUUGUGCCCAUUAUUUCAUGGAAAAUUUGCAUAGAUUUUCUGAUGCACACUACAUUCCAACAAAGGAGGAUGUGCUGUAUGCAAGAGUUCGUACUAGUGGUGUUGUAGAAAUUCAGUUCAGCCCAGUGGGAGAGAACAAAAAAAGUGGCGAAGUAUAUCGACUUUUUGAUGUUGGAGGCCAGAGAAAUGAGAGAAGGAAGUGGAUUCAUUUAUUUGAGGGUGUUUCUGCGGUGAUCUUCUGCGCAGCCCUUAGCGAGUACGAUCAAACCCUUUACGAGGAUGAGAGCAAGAAUAGAAUGAUGGAAACUAGGGAACUCUUCGAUUGGGUCCUAAAGCAACCAUGUUUUGAGAAAACAUCAUUUAUGCUAUUCCUCAACAAGUAUGAUAUAUUCGAGAAGAAGGUCCUCAAUGUUCCUCUAAAUGUCUGCGAGUGGUUUAAAGAUUACCAGCCAGUUUCGACUGGGAAGCAAGAAAUUGAGCACGCAUAUGAGUUCGUUAAGAAGAAAUUUGAAGAGUUGUAUUUCCAGUGCACUGCUCCUGACCGAGUGGAUCGUGUGUUCAAGAUUUACAGAACCACCGCGCUUGAUCAGAAGCUUGUAAAGAAGACAUUCAAACUAGUUGAUGAAACGUUGAGGAGGAGAAACCUUUUCGAAGCAGGUUUGUUGUGACCCACCCAAGGCCCCCCACCCCCACACCAAAAAAAAGAAGAAAAAAGAAGAAACAAAUUUGUCAAUAGUUUCCGAUAAUGAGGAUGACGGAAUUGUAUGAGAGUGAGUUCUGGACGGCAAAUUUGUACAAUUAUUAGGCAGGAAAAAAAAAAAAACUGGCACAGCAGCUUAAGGAUCGUAGUCCUUGAAGAUUCAUUCCACAGGUGUAAACAAGUUUUUUUUUGUAUUUCCCAUUCUUUUAAGCAAAAUCUAAAUCACGCCAUUUGAUCUUGUGUCAUUGUGAUAAAGGACCCAGCCAAAAGAAACAAAUUGUCAUCAAUUUACUUAUUUUCUGAUCAUGAGGAUGACAUAUUUGUACCGGAGUUCUGGUCGGCAAAUUAUAAC